AUGGCAGAAUCAAUCGCUUCGCGCCAGGAAACGGUUAUUUCCCUAGACAAAGAUGAGGCCAAAGUGGUUUACUUGAAGCCGCAAUCGCAAAUCAAUAAGCAUGACAUCAAACAGUACUUGCGCACCAGAAUACCGACGUUGUUUCCUACAAGACAGUCGAUUCGGGAUGCCAGGAAACAGUAUCCAAUCAAUCCUUUCCCAGCGUUGCGGUCUUUGAAUUGGUUGCAGACGCAGUAUUUCAUUGUUGGGUUUCUAGCAUGGACGUGGGACGCGUUGGACUUUUUCGCUGUGUCAUUGAACAUGACCAACUUGUCCAAGAGUUUGCACAGGCCGGUGAAGGACAUUUCGAAUGCGAUAACGUUGGUUUUGUUGUUGAGAGUUGUCGGUGCGUUGAUUUUCGGGUACUUGGGUGACCGGUACGGUAGAAAAUACCCAUUCUGUCUCACAAUGGUGCUUAUUGUGGUGAUCCAGAUCGGUACAGGGUUUGUCAAGACGUUCCCAGCGUUCUUAGGUUGCAGGGCAAUCUUUGGUAUUAUCAUGGGGUCUGUGUUUGGUGUUGCGUCUGCCACUUCGUUGGAAAACGCUCCGGUCAAGGCACGGUCGAUUCUUUCCGGUAUUUUCCAGCAAGGAUAUGCGUUUGGAUACCUCUUGGGUGUCGUGUUCCAAAGGGCCAUUGUUGACAAUUCAUCACACGGGUGGAGGUCUAUCUUCUGGUUCAGUGCUGGUCCACCAGUUCUUUUCAUCGCAUGGAGAUUGAUGCUACCAGAGUCCCCUCAAUACGUCGAGAGAGUGCGCUUGGAGAAGUUGGAGAAUGACGGCCAGAACCAGUUCUGGAAGAAUAUGAAGCUCGCUUGCAGCCAGUACUGGUUGAGCAUGAUCUAUUUGGUGUUGUUGAUGGCAGGUUUCAACUUUUCGUCGCACGGUUCCCAGGACCUUUUCCCCACAAUGUUGACAGCCCAGUACCAUUUUUCAGAGGAUGCAUCCACAGUGACGAAUUCUGUCGCCAAUUUGGGCGCUAUAGCUGGUGGUAUCUCUAUAGCACACUUUUCUUCAUUCUUAGGACGUCGUUUAUGCAUAUGUAUAUGCUGUAUUGGAGGUGGUGCCAUGUUGUACCCAUGGGGGUUCGUGUCUUCGAAGUCCGGGUUGAAUGCUGCGGUCUUCUUUUUGCAAUUCUUCGUGCAAGGUGCAUGGGGUAUCGUUCCAGCACAUUUGGCUGAGUUGGCUCCUGCAGAACUCAGAGCUCUAAUCACAGGUGUUGCUUACCAGCUUGGUAACAUGAUUUCCAGUGCUUCUUCUACUAUUGAAUCCACCAUCGGGGAAAGGUUCCCAAUAAAGGGACAUGAAGGAACAGGAACGUACAACUACGGGAAAGUGAUGUGCAUUUUUAUGGGAUGUGUGUUUGCAUACCUCAUGAUCGUGACCAUGCUAGGACCUGAAAACAAAGGUGGUGAGUCGAGAUUGUCCACCCUCUUAAUCGAUGACGACAUUGAAUCUCAGAAUAAUGUAUCGUUUGAAAAUGCACCAGGGCUAACCGAAGCUCAAGACAUGAGCUUUAAACCUGAGGUCCAAUACAAAGAACGGAUAUAA